AUGUUUUUAUUUGCUAUAUGGGUAGAUUGGCGUGUUGUUGAAAACAUGGGAAUUGAUUAUUACAAGGUUCUUGGUGUUGGUCGUAACGCUACGCCGAGUGAUAUUAAGAAGGCCUAUCAUCAGCUGGCUUUGAAGUAUCAUCCCGAUAAAUGUACCGGUAAUCGGGAGGAGUCGGAGCGGCGUUUCAAGGAGGUUUCGGAGGCUUAUGAUGUUUUGAGUGACGAAAAUAAGAAGAAAAUUUACGAUGUAUACGGAGAGGAGGGACUGAAGGGCGGCGUUCCCGGGGCUGGGGAAGGUGGCAGUGCUGGAGGCACAGGUUUUCAUGGUGCUUUUCCCGGUGGCGUGAGGUACACUUUUUCACAAGGCGAUGCGUUUAAUAUUUUUCGGUCGUUCUUUGGCAGCAGCGAUCCUUUCGCAGGUGGGGAGGAAUUCGGUGGUGGUGGUCCUGGUCUUCACCGAGUGUUUCGAGGGUUUGGCGGUCCACAAGGGUUUACUUCGGGCUUUGGAUCGCCGGAGAUGUCGCCUAUGAAUGAGGUGCCUCCUGUUGAGUACACCUUUGCAUGUACCUUGGAGGAAAUCUAUACGGGGUGCACGAAAAAGUUUAAUGUCUCACGUCAUAUGCCGGGGGGUACAGAAAAAAAGAUGUUUGAGGUGAAGGUGCUUCCUGGGUACAAAAAGGGCACGAAGAUCCGCUUUGUGCAAGAGGGAGGCAUUGUGCAGGGAUAUCCACCGAACGUCUUGGCAGAUUUGGUGUUUGUUCUUGAUGAGAAGCCUCAUCCUCGUUUUGAGCGCAGUGGUGCAGAUAUCCGCACGACGGUCCAUAUCAACUUGAAACAGGCACUAUUGGGGACAACAGUGAAUGUCUUGGGUCUCGAUGGAACCACUACAGCAUUGCCAUUGACUGGGGUGAGCAAAAAUGGCCGUCAGUUGAGAGUGAGCGGUAAAGGACUCCCUGAUAGGAAGACAGGAAGAAAUGGUGAUAUGUAUGUCACAAUUGCUGUUGACAUGCCUGCGUCUCUGAACGAUGCAACGAGAAGUUUAGUGGAGAAAUGCCAGUUUUAG